UCCUCGUCUCCACUUCCGUUACCAUAGACUUACGUCAGUCUCAAUCUCUGGAUCCGUGCCGAGCCUUGGCUGCAAAUCAAGCAAAAUUCAGUUCGUUUACGUCUACAACAGCUCCGUCCCCCACGCCGCGGACUCCUACCGCACGGCUGUCGCCCCCUACGCACCAUACGCCGCCGAACGGAGCCACCACCAUCCCCUGCCGCCCCAGGAUCCGCUGCCAUCGGAUACCGAGCAGCUAGCGGACAGCGACAGCAGCCAGAGCAGCGUUCCAGGUAGUACCGGACCCCCCGCUGCCGCCAAGCCGCUGAUUGUCUCCACUUCGCCGGAAGCAGGAAACAACAGGGCCACCAGCGAGCACCAGAACAGCAGUAGCAUGGCAGUAGUGCGCAAAAAACAGGACGACAAGUACCUGCUCGCUCUGCGGGAGCUGGUGACGAGCGGUGCGGGGAAUCGGCAGUGCUUCGACUGUGGCCAGAAGGGUCCUACCUACGUGAACAUGACGAUCGGCUCCUUUGUCUGUACCCGGUGCUCGGGUGUGCUACGCGGACUGACGCCGCCACAUCGGGUGAAAUCCAUAUCGAUGGCCACCUUCACACAGGAGGAGAUCGAGUUCCUGCGGGCGCACGGGAACGAGCUGUGCGGCAAGACCUGGCUGGGCCUGUGGGACCCCAAGCGAGCCGCCCAUCAGCAGCAGCAGGACCAGCGAGAGCUGAUCACCGACAAGUACGAGCGGAAGCGGUACUACCUGGAGCCGGCCAGUCCGCUCAAGUCGCUCAACCUGAAGGCUGCCGCUCCCGCGAACCUCCAGAGCCACAGCCACAAUGGCCACCACCACAACGGAGUGAGUGUCUCGACCCUGUCGAGCAAUGGAUAUGCCAGCAUCCACCUGACGCCGCCCGCCGCCCAGCGCACCACAGCCAAUGGCCUGCACAAGGGCACCCCCGUCUCCAGCUCCUCAGCCACGUCCACGUCCAUCAGCAGGCCGCAGCAUCACCAUCACAACCACAGCAGCAACAACAAUAACAACAACAACAACCAUGACGCCUUCGGGCUGAACGGAGGAGGAGGACUUACCAGCCUCAACAGCGCAGGAUCCACGUCUACGGGGGCCCUCUCGGACACCAGCAGCUGCGCCAGCAACGGCUUUGCCGGGGAAUCCGACUUUGUGGCCGACUUUGGGACGGCCAACAUCUUUGAUGCCAACUCGGCCCGAUCCGCGGGCUCGCCGGCCGUCUCCUCGGCCUCGUCGGUGAGCUCCACGAAUGGAUAUGCCAAGGUCCAGCCCAUCCGAGCGGCCCACCUCCACCAGCAACAGCAGCAGCAACAGCAACAGCAGCAGCAGCAGCAUCAGCUUCUGAAUGGUACCCAGGGAGCGGAGAACUUCGCGGACUUUGAUCAUGCGCCCAUCUUCAAUGGCGUGGCUCCCCGGGCGGCCAAGGCGAUGCCGCCGGUGUUCAACGGUUGGGUGAGUGACUGGAGCAGGCACGACUUCCACGAUCCCUUCGACGAUAGCAAUUGGUUGCCGUCAACGCAACAGCCUCCUCCUGCAGCAGUCACUCCGCCAGCAGCAGAAACAGCAGCAAUAUCGAAAAGAAUGAGAGAUGAGCCCGCGUUGAACUGGAGCUUCUGGCAGGAGCAGAUGCAGAUGGAGCCAGAGCCAGAGAUGGAAUACUCCAUGAUACAGCGCACAAGCUCUACCAACUCCUGGUACUCCAGCGGCGAAGAGCCACCUCUGUCGCCCUCAAAUCCCUUUCUGUCAUACCUGACAGAGUCUCCAGAGCCUCUGCCUCCUCCAAGCCGAGCCUCCUAUUUGUUGUUCAGCUCCCUGUCGAGCAGUUUCCCAGAGGAGGAGGAGUACGAGUAUCAAGCGGAUGAGUCGGCAGCAGUAGCAGCAUCGGAGCAGCAAAAUCAAGAUCAAAGUCAAAGUCAAGAUUCCGACAUAUUGAAUGCCAAUUUCAGUGAUUUAUUUGCGUGGAGCGCCCCGCUGCAGAAUGGCCACACGCACGCAGGCCACAAGAGCAGUGCACCGACUGUGGCGCCCAGCGAGGACCGCUAUGCGGCCCUCAAGGACCUCGAUGAGCAGCUGCGCGAAUUGAAGGCCAGUGAGUCGUUCGCCUCUGAGGCUCCGACGCCCACCAAUGGCAACAACAAUGGCCACCAGGCGACAGACGCCUUUGGCAGCGCUCUCAUCAACAACAAUCCAAAUCCUUUUAAGAGCCAGCAGCAGCAGAUGCAAAGCAGUCACGUUGUGAAUCCAUUCCAGCAGCAGCAGCAACAGCAACAGCAGCAGAAUCUCUAUGGCCAGUUGACGCUCAUACCAAAUGCAUACGGGAGCAGUCCCCAGCAGUCGUCCCAUCUCCACCAGCAGCAACAGCAACAGCAACAGCAGCAGACAAGCUUCUUCAACUUUAAUAACAACGGGUAUGCCAUGGCCCAGGGCCUGCCCAAUGGCUGCGGCUUUGGCAGCAUGCAACCGGCACCAGUUAUGGCCAACAAUCCCUUUGCAGCAAGCGGCGCCAUGAACACCAAUAAUCCAUUCUUAUGAGACUCAACCCAGAAGAAACACUCGCCCCUCGCCCCCACUUGGCUGAGGCGCUGACAGCCAGCCGAUCAAAGCGGAAUCCCGGACCGGACGGAACAGAACGGAACUGAACGCAAGGUACAACUGCGCUGCGAGUGAACCGAACCGAAAUUAGUCCAUUUUACGAACAAUAGCAUUAAUCUACUAUAUACGAGUACUAUAUGCAUAAAACACACUCUCUAUUGCUGUGUACAUAUGUAGGUGAAAUGUGCACAUGCCGGAGGCUCCUCUACUCUUCCCCAGAGCAAGAGUAGGAGCUGGAUGAUAUAUAUAUAUAUUCUUUUAUAUGAUAACUCUAGAACUUGUAAAAUGCCCCCUCCGAAUGUGGGGCCCUACACUAUACUAAUACUAGUGAGAGGGGGAUCCGAAUUGCCCGAUCUUAUGGGGAAGUACGUUUAUGUCCAAAUGUUGUAUGUUUGUGCUUAAGCUCUCUCUCACUCUCUUCUCUCUAUCUCUGGCGAUUUCAAUGUCACUGUCACUGUCUCUUAGCACUGUCCCUCUAGCACUUUCGUUGCGGAUAAGAAACUCUGUCAGUUAUUGAUUGUGUGGCCUUAAUAAGAUUAUAAAACUAUAAAUUAUAACGUACUACUAUACGGAUACAGAUACCAUAUACAGAUACUACUGAUACACACCCCAGAUAUAUAUAUAUAUAUAUACAUAUGUAUAUAUGCUUUUGUACCUAAUGAGCUGCUUCUUGUUUUCAUUGCUCUUCUCUGUGCCCUGUGCUCUGCUCUUUGCUUACUUUCCGUAAGCCAGCCGCAGCCGUACGUACGUGCGAUAUCGGGCGUGCUGUGCAGAUUGCUCAGCUCAAAAAAAGUUUAACUUUGUUACACCACCAACAGACGUUAGUACGUGCGUACACACGGUCUGUCAUUGUCGGCGAGAGGAGUGUUUAUAAUUGUAAGCCCCAAAUCUAAUACCCCCCCCCCCCUAUACGGAACGGAACCGACCCUCAUCCAUGAAUCACGUUCACACGCUCACUCUUCACAUGUCCAUGCCCAUGUCCAGAUAAGAAGCAAGAAAUUUUUCCAUUUUUAGCCUUACAAACAAAACAUUAUCGAAGCCUUAAAGUUAUUUAAACUAAAAAAUUUCAAUAAAAACAAAUAAGAACGCUAUGUGCAUAAUACUCUUUGA